UGUUUGCAUUGCACUUGUCAAAUUGUUAAGUUUUUAUCAAAACAAUAUUUAGAGAAUUCAUUUCAUUAAUUCAAUAGAACAAAAAAAUCUUGAUCGAUCGUAAUGGCGAGUGGGGAUAAGCCAGACUUGCCGAAGCAUAUGACCUACUCUAAAUCCAGGGUGCCUAUCUUUGGUGCUCUUAUAGAUUAUAUGGAAACCAGUCUAGUAUAUUUGAGGCAAAAAACCUUCGCCAGAGCCGAGAAUUUGAACGCCAAAGCUUCCAGAGCAACACUCUCCGCUGCAUUCAUGGCUACAGUCUGCCUUGUAAUGGGGUUGACGAGUAACGUGAAGUUCGAGAUAGUGAAGUUCGAUGAGGAGCCGCUGCCAAACGAUUUACACUUCAUGCUGAUGAGCAAAGAUGAGAAACUAUAUAUUGACGAUAUAGAUGUUUCCAGAGUCAUGUGGUGCCUUGAAGCUUCUGAUGCGUUAGUCAUACUCAUUAGUUGCCUGCUGAUAUUGAAUUCUUCCUAUGUGAGGUCCCCGUUGAGUGAAUACCUGUUUCUGCCGUGGCUGGGGGCAACGCUACGCGGCCUAUUCCUCAGGCAGGCGCCCACCGCGGGUGCUCUCCUUUACACCAUGGCGGUCGUCAAUGGCAACAUCAACCCCUUGUUUCUGACUGCCUUCUCUUUCCUUUUCCUACUAGAAGCUCGGAUGUGGCUGGAGAUCGCUCGGCUGGUUCGUACACGCUGGGAGCGCAGGGACCACAUCAACUCGGUGAGGGAUGCCCAGUACGAAGUGGAGACUUUAUGGAGCAACGACGAUGUACAGAGCGUUGAAGUUCGCAACUACGUGUAUUAGAAUGUCUAGGUGCAGAUAGGCAGUGGCCUAGCUACAUAUAAAAACAAGUACUCACAAUCUCGGUCAAAAAGUGUCGGAAGCAAAAUUACGCACAUUCGUCAAUUGUGCGUAACAGUUUUGUUUGAAAGUUCUCGCUCGUAUACGUAUACAAUUGACAUUAUAUCCACAAGCAUUUGGGUCGUCCCAAUUUUUAUUAUUCAAUUUAAAACCUUUUAAAGUAUUAAUAAUACUCUGUUAACAUAAUGGAGUAACAAUGAAUAGAGUUUCUUUUGCUGACGAUAUUCGCACACAAAUCCACGAAUCUUGUGCCUAUGAAUAAAUAAAUAAAAGUGAUUCUAAAGAUAAAUUAAUAGUUUAAUUAAAGACUUAAGAAGAAACCAAUAUAAAAUACUUAUAAAUCUAAGAUAAAAUCUAUACAAAAAUUAAGUCUACCUUAUAAAAGUUUAUAUCCAUAUCACAAUUGAACUUUGGUUUUUAUUUUGGUUUGAUUUUAUCUAAACUACUAUGAUUAUUAAUUUGUAGGUGGAUGAAGUUAUUUUAUGGCCCUCUUUUGUGUGCAGCGAAAAAAAUCUUUUUUUAUUGUCGCAUCAUAAAUCAUUUGGUGGUCUAAUCAGUUUUAAAUUCAACGGUCAGUUAACUACUGACUCCAAAUCGGUCAGUACCGGCGUACGAGGACUGAUUCGCAGUGGUUUAAGACAGGAACAGACUUAUAAAAACGCGACGCCACCCAAUGCGACGCAACCUCACGCCACGCCACGCGUGUUGAGUCAAAACAAAAUAUACUAUUUUCUAUGAUUAGAAUCACAUUAAAAACGCGAUGCGCCAUAGAAAAUACGCAUGGCGAUGGCGUGGCGUCGCGUUUCAUAAGUCUGUUUCUGUCUUUACUGUUGGCACUGUACUGUCUCCAAAUCAAUUUACACUGUCAGUAUCGGGUCAGCACCAACUUGACUCUUUGGAAUGAGUAACCCCUUCUAAAACUGCCUUCAUACUUAGGGUAUUGUUAAAGCUUUACAGAUAUUUUUCUUUGUUGUGUUACCACACUGUGCAUUUAUGUAUGGGGUUCAUUGGAGAGCCUGGAGGGCACUGGAACUCCCUGGCGAAGUCAUGGGAGUUGGACAGGGUUCCUAUGACGCGGAAUCUUCCCGGGGAGUGGACGGCAGUCUUCAGUUUGUUACGCAUCGCCUCUGGACGCAUGGCACCACACCAAACCUGUACAUAUCAUGGUAUAGUUGCGCUUCACGAUCAAAAGGUCUAUGUAGCAAAAAGUCUAACACCGCGAAACGUCUAAUGAGCAGAAAAUCUAAUUAGUAAAAUGUCCAACGUCCAACGGGUGACCAAUCAUGGCGAGGACUUUCACCUUAUGUUGUCCAAGUUCCUCCCAUUCGCACGAAGUGAUUUGCUUCCGCUUUCAUUAUGAGAACGGCUAGGGAGUGGAACCCCUUGCCGAGGUCUGUUUUCCCGGAUCAAUAUAAUCUGGUCAUUUUCAAGACCAGAGUAAACAGGCAUCGCCUAGGCAGGUGUGUGC